CACAAUGAAGGCCAUUGCAUUUACACUCAUACUUAUCCUUGUGAAGAAAGGUAGCCAGUCUAACAUAGAACCAGUUUUUAGUCAAAGCAAGACGUAUGAAUAUCAAUAUGAAGGGUUGAUCUUCAAUGGCCCUCCAGAGAAAGGCUUAGCAAGAGCUGGUAUGAAAAUAGUUUGCAAAGUAGAAAUCAGUUAUCUUGCUCCACAGUAUUAUCUACUUAAGAUACAGAGCCCCAGCCUUGGAGAAUAUAAUGGCAUCUGGCCCACGUCUGUAUUUCACAGUGCUCCUAAGCUAUCCCAAGCCUUGGCUCAUCAGCUUACUGAACCAGUCAAGUUUGAAUACAGUAAAGGUCGUGUUGGAAAUGUUUUCACAGCUCAGAAUGUUUCUGACACUGUUGCUAAUGUUCAGAGAGGAAUUGUAUCAAUGUUCCAAAUCACUGUAAAGAAAGGCCAUAAUGUGUAUGACGUGCAAGAGGCUGGUAUUGAAGGAGUCUGCCAGUCAAACUACCUUAUUCAAGAAGGUAGAAAAUCAAGUAAGAUCACAGUAACCAAGUCGAGGGAUUUUAAUUCUUGCCAAGAAACAAAUUCAAAAUCCACAGGAAUGGCUUAUACUGAAUCAUGUGUUGCAUGUCAGCAGAUGAACAAAAACCUACAAGGAAAUAUUAUCUAUACAUAUACAUUGAAGCAUAAAGAUGGUGGUAGUCUCAUCACUGAAGGAAGAAGUCAAGCCAUAUACCGGUAUACACCUUUUGGUGAACAAAGUGGAGCAGCCAUUACUGAGGCUAGACAACAACUAACCCUUACAGAUGAAAAAAAGAUUCCAAACAAACAACUUCAAAAUUAUCUUUCUAACCGUGGUACAGUAAUGUAUCAUUUUGCACCAGACGUAUUUAGAAAUCCAUUUCAGCUGUUGGGAUCAGAGAAAGUAGAAACACAGAUCAUGAAUGUACUAAAAGACCUAGAGCUGAACAACACAAAGCAUGUCCAUUCUGAUGUACCAGCCAAGUUCCUGUUACUUGUGCAACUGCUUCGUUUAGCAGAUCAUGGAAAUAUUGAGACUGUCUGGAAACGUUAUGAAGCAAACUCAGAAAUCAGGAGAUGGAUACUGGAUGCAAUUUGUGCUGCAGCAACAGCAGAUGCACUCAAGUUUUUGGGUCAAAUCUUACAAAAAGCAAAGAUUACACAUGUGGAAGGAUCACUUCUUCUUAUUCCUGCAAUGCACAUGGCAAUUCCAGAUCAGAGAACCAUAAACAUCGCUUCAGAAAUUCUGUCAUCUCACUAUGUUCAGAAACAUCAACUUCUGCGUAAAAUGGUAAUACUGGCUUAUGGAUCAAUGGUGUACAGAUACUGUAAAGGUCCUGACAUUUGUCCAGAAUGGGCAUUGCAGACACUUCAUGAACUUACUUCACAAGCUGCUGACAGUAAGAAAGAAACAGAGAUCAUUGUGGCCCUAAGGGCUCUUGGCAAUGCAGGGCAGCCAGCCAGCAUUAAACACAUUCAUAAAUUUCUGCCAGGAUUUUCAUCAAGUGCAUCAAGAUUUCCUAUCAGAAUUAAAGUGGAAUCUGUGCUUGCACUUAGGAAUAUUGCUAAGAAAGAUCCUAAGAAGGUGCAAGAUAUUGCUGUUCAGAUUUUGUUAAACCAAAAGCAUGCUGCUGAAGUGCGAAUGGCUGCAGGAAUUGUCCUUUUCAACAGCCAGCCAUCGCUGUCUUUGUUAACAGCUGUAGCAAAUUGCCUGCAAAAGGAGAGCAAUUUACAAGUGCUAAGUUUUAUAUACUCCUACAUGAAAGCUCUGAUGAGAAGUACCCUACCUGACCACCUUAACGUGGCUGCUGCUUGUAAUGUUGCUGUCAAGUUGUUAAGCUCAAAAUUUGACAGGCUAAGUUAUCGAUACAGCAGAGCAUUUCACUUUCAUAUAUUUAAAAAUAUUAUAAGGAGUGGAGCAUCAGUUGACUUCUAUGUGCUUAACACUGCAGCCACAGUCUUACCAUCUGCAGUUGUAUCAGUUCUAAGGACUUACUUUGCAAAUCUGAAAGCAGAUAUUCUAGAGGUCGGUAUCCACACUGAAGGACUACAAGAGUUUCUGUCAAAACAUUCGGCCCAAAAUGAAGACUCAUCCGUAACCAACAAGACUCAACAAAUUCUUAAAAAACUACCUGGAUGGAAGGAGCUCCCAGGUCAAAAACCACUGGCAUCAGCUUACCUAAAACUAUUUGGCCAAAGUGUUGUUUGUGGCAAGGUUAAGAAAGAGGACAUUCACCAUCUAUUGCAGGCUUUAAAUGAUUCAAGUGGUUCACACAUUUCAGUUCACGGGAUUAUAGAUAGUCUUCAACAAGGCAUACAGGUCCAGUGGUCAAAAUCCGUUCUAGCUCCCGAGCUUCGAUAUAUUGUUCCAACCAUUGUGGGUCUUCCUCUGGAGGUGAUGUUAUAUGCUUCAGCUGUAUCAACUGCUAAGAUAAACUUUCAAGUACAGAGUACACCACGUCCACAGAAGCCAUUCAAGCUUGAUGAAUUGCGAGAUGCCAAUAUCACAUUAAAACUUGAGAUUCUUCCAAGUGCUUCUGUGCAUGCAGUUGCAAAGAUGGGCAUCAGCACACCCUAUUUUCACAGUGCAAUUGAGCUACAAUCAAAUACUACUAUGACUGUUCCUCUAAACAUCAAGGCAAGUGCAAACAUAAGGGAAGAACAUUUCAAGAUCGAGAUGGAGCCAAACCAAAGGGAGAAAAAAAUCGCUACUAUGAGGGCUCAGGCAUUUGCUGUGUCAGAGAAUACUGAAGAUGUAUAUUUAAAUAAAAGGACUCCCGUGCUUCAAUCUAAAACACCUACCGAUGUCAUCAAAAAGAACAACAGUUCAAAAGAGUAUACAUCAACAGAAGUCAACAUUAAUGACCAGUCUUAUUCUGACUAUUUGAGAGACUAUGCACCUGACUCUGGCAACAUGUCUGAGAAUCAUUCAAAAGCUUCCCAAGCUGCAUACAUGGCCUGUAUCAACUCAACUAUUCUUGGAGCAGAAAUUUGUUUCCAGGCCACAGGAUGCCAUCCUGCAUUUAUUAGAAAUGCACUGCUUGACAUGCUGAUCGGUGACUAUGAAGCAGAAAUAUCCAUAAAACCAGUUUUGUCUAACGAUCCUAUUGAAAAAGUGCGUAUUGAAGUUCAUUGGGGCAAUAAAACGAUGUCAGAUGCAAAGGAAAUCAUUUUGACUGAAGCUCUAAAUUCUAGAAGCCAAACAGUUUCGUCAAACACAAAGAAGAUUCUGUAUUUUGCAAAACAUAAGGGUAAAAGACUAAGCGACUUAAGUAAUAGCCAAAAACAUUCUCAUACGGAUACUUCAUCAAGAAGUGGAAUUAGCAGCAGUAGCAGCGAUAACAGAAAAACACAUAAAAGUAGUCAAUACUCAUCCGAACAUAAAUCUUCAGAAGAACGUCGCCAUGGAAAGAAUCACAUGAGCUCUUCCACAUCAAAAGAAAGCAGCAGUGGCAGCAGUAGUAGUAGAACCAGCAAUGAAAGCCAUCAAAAGAAACUCGGAGGCCAUUUGUUGGAUCAUGUGGAUAGACUCCCAUUUCCCAAGAACAAUAAUGCAAAUAGCAGCAGCGAUGAUGAGUCUUCCCAAGAGAUCACUUUCCCUGGAGAUCAUUCAAGGCCAUUAUUUACUAUUAUUUUUCAAGCAAAGAGCAGCCAUCACAGGCAACAAGGCUACCAGACUACUGUUUACCAAGAUCUUAAAGGACCAAAACCGCAAGUGCAGAUAUAUACCAAAGAACUCAACAACUCGAGUGCAUGGAGGGCUUGCACAGGAGUUAAACUGCUCAGCAGUUCAAAGGCAGUGGCAGUUUUGAAAUGGGGUCAGAAAUGCAAAGAUUACAAUAUUGCAAUUAAGGCAGAAACUGGUCACUUUGCAAAUAACCCAACUUUGCAACUUAAGCUGCAGUGGAAUAAAAUUCCUCAAGCAAUAACAGCAGUCGUAAGAAUGACUGCUGAAUAUGCUCCCGGGAUUGCCUUUAUGUUAGGUUUGACUCAGAUGCAUGAUCAUAAUCCUUCUCAUCAGCUUUCAGUAGCUCUAACUGCAACUUCUCCAAGAACCUUGGAUUUAACAGUCAAAGCACCCUUGUCAACAUUCUGCUACAGUGGCCUGUGGCUUCCUUUUGCAUUGCCAUUCAGUAAAAACAUGAGUAGCACCCAGCUACCAGCAGCUGUGGUACGUGCCCUAAGUAACAUACCAGAUCUAAUAACAAAUUCAGAUACAGCUGAAUGCACUAGUGAUGGAAAUACACUGACAACAUUUAACAACGUAAAACUAGAAUAUGAAACUCCUUUAGACUGCUAUUUAAUUCUAGCACUGGACUGCAGUCCCAAUCCACGUUUUCUUAUUAUGGUCAAAAGAACUGAAGAGGUUUCUAGUCAAAUGGAAGUUAAAGUAAAACUUGCUAAUCUUGAAAUUGAGAUGACUGCAUCUAGAGGUCCAGUUCGAGUAAUUCUUAAUGGUGAAGACAUUUCACUACACAGUGCUACAUAUGUGGUGGGUACUGCUGUGCUCGAGAGGAAUCAGGAUGGCAUCAAUAUGUUUGCUGCAGAACAUGGAAUUGAAUACUUACAUUAUAGUGGGAAAAUAUUCAAGGUCAGAGUGUCUCCGUGGAUGAAGAAAAGAACAUGCGGUGUUUGUGGCCACAAUGAUGGGGAAACGCAGAUGGAAUUCAGAAAACCUUCUGGCUUAGUAGCUCCAAAUGCUAUGAGCUUUGUUCAUUCUUGGGCAGUACCAGGAGAAACCUGCUCUGGAACUUGUAAAAUGAAGCAUGAGUUUUUGAAACUAGAAAAACAAAUUCGACUUUAUGGAGAGGAAUCCAAAUGUUACUCUGUUGAUCCUGUCCUACGUUGUUUGCCAGGAUGUUCACCACUUAAAAAUGCUACAGUUGUAGUGGGGUUCCAUUGUGUCCCAGCUGAUUCAGGUAUGAACUGGUUUGAAAUUCAGAACAAUUUUGAACCAAAAGUGCAAGACUUGAAAGACAUAGUUACAACCCACACAGCAUGUUCAUGCAAUGUUCCACAAUGUGAAACUUUGGCGUAACAUUCAGCCGACACCAAGAUCCACCUGUGUAAUCCUUGUCUGGCAAUCAUUAGGACGUCUUAAAUAAAGAUCAAUUGUAUUUUAGGUAAAAGAAAAAAGAAAACAAG